AUGAUGAAACUUCAACUCCUUAUCUUGGCUGCCAUCAUGGCCGCUGUUUCCGCCUUGGUUCCACCUGCUGCCAUCCAAAUCAAUGUUGCCUCUUUGCAACAGCAUCCAGGUGUUUCCUCGACGUCCUCCAUGCAAGACGGAAUCCAACAGUACCUGAAUGGGCCUGCUUCUUCUUUGGAGUCUUCUACCUUUGCAGUUUCUCUCAAGGACCGACCACCACCACCUACAGCUGAAGAACUUGCUGCCAAAAAGAGAAACUUCAACCUCUGGUUCUGGGGUGGAGGUUUCGUCGCUCCUUUCUUGGCUACAUUCUACUACUUCGGAUUCAAGUUCUGGGAACGCUAA